UCAGAGCGUUUCCACACCAGAGGAGGGAUCAUUCAUCCUAGACGCGGAGGCAUCCACCUGUCUCUCAGAGCAAGGGGGGGGCCCCCACCUGUUCCACCGGUCGCAGGGGGGACUCUGCAUGGCCGCAAAGCCAACAAGGACUAUGCAGCUAGGAAUGGUGGCGCUGGCAAUGGUCUUCCUCAGCUCCGUUGGUCAAGGCGAUGCUCUGAAGCUAUCAAAGACGAGAAGGCAGAGACGGGUCAGUACCGAGGGUCCGCCAUCUUGCCCCAAAGGCUGUGAAAGAUGCUCGGAAUACAACGGCUGCGUCAAAUGUAAACCCAAACUCUUCAUUUUCCUGGAGAGGAAUGACAUUCGUCAGAUAGGCGUGUGUCUGGCGUCCUGUCCCAUGGGCUACUUUGGCAUGAGGAAUCCGGAGGGGAACAACAGAUGCACCCAGUGUAAAAUAGAAAACUGUGAGGCCUGUUUCAAUCGCAACUUUUGCACAAAAUGUAAGGGAGGCAUAUAUUCGCACAGGGGCCGGUGUUACGUCAGCUGCCCUCCAGGCCUGCGGUCCAAGAAUGACACAAUGGAGUGUAUUGGUCAGCGAGUUGGCGAGUGCGAACUCGGUGAGUGGAGCCAAUGGAGUCCUUGCAUGAAGAAGAAUAAAACCUGUGGAUUUAAAAAAGGCUCCCAGUCCAGGGUCCGCGUUCCCCUUCCGCAAGUCUCCGGCCUGGACUCCUUGUUGGCCUUCGCUUCCACUCACAACUGCACUGCGUCGACAGAGAGAAGAAAGUGCGUGGUGACCAAGACGCCCUGCUCGAGAGAUGGGAAAAACAAGAGAGAUCGACAGGACGAACUGGGCGGCCGAGACAACCCGCGCAGUCGGAGCAAAGAGGGUGGUAAAGGAGGAGGGGGGGGAGGGAAGAGGAGGAAAGGUCAGAGCAGGAGCACGGCCGCUCCACUUAUCACAGCCAGUUCUGUCACCUAAAUCCUGGCUCCCACUGACGCUACACAAGAGGAAAGACAAUGGAAUUAUGCUGCUGUGCAUGGAGACAAUGUGCAAAGACAACUGGAGAACUUAAGGAGGAAUAAUCGUCGAUCACAGAGGAGCUGCUGAAGGUGGAACUUGGCUUCACCCGUGUGACUUUUUAACGUCGAGAACAGAUUCAAAACGGAUGAAAGGAGGGCACCUGUCUAUUUAAAUGUUUGUUCCACAACAGUCCUCACCCUCCUCUGCUCAUGUGUUUAGUCUCAGACCCAGCAAUGCUUUUGUGCGAUCGGUGUGAAGUGAAGAUCCUGGAAAUUCAGAUGUUGAAGUCGUGCUCAAAUGCGUCUUUGCCACUUGGUAGCUUGGAAAACUAACUGUACAGAAACUCAUGGAUGUGAGACCUUGCAUGCCGGUGUGCGCUAAAAUCUGGCGACACGAUGUCCAUCUUAUACUAGGUGACUUUUAAAAGGAAGUUCAACGCAAGGGGCCUUCAACAAACUUCACAGCAAGGUCGUAAUGUUGGUGAACUGCCGCACACUUUCACUUUUGAUGGUACCAUCCUGCUCUGUGGUGUUACUUGUCACAUUUCUGAGAAAACGUCUUGGUUAGCGCACAGCUCAGGACUCUCAUUUGCAUUUUUACUUGCAAAUGUUAGGUGCUUGGCAAGGAAGGCACCUGCGCAUGCCGCCAAUAACAAAUCGGAAACACCUGGUAGUUCGAAUAGUUGGAGUAGAUUUAUGGCAGGACUUUCACUUUAUGAAGAUGAAGUUUUCCACCUCUGGCCAUCCUGUCCAGCGUCAGGCUUGCUGUGUUGUAACGCUUCGCCUGAGCGAGCAGCAGUCGCCGAUGGCAUUGCCUUUGAUGAGUUGCGCCCCCCCGCUGUUUUCCUGCAACGUCUCUCUCUGAGAAAUAUCAGUCAUCGCUGAAGUCUGGCGAGGAAAAGAUGAAGCUACAAUUUUUCUAUUUGACUUCGCCUCCACUGAAGCUGGGAAAGAACCACAGUUUUAGCGCCUCUAAUCUGGUGCCCACCACAUAUCGAGAUGCACAUGGACCAACUUCAAAUUACUUCAACUGAACUUUAGUUUAGUAAAAUGGCGGUUUGAUCAAAUAUAAGCAUAUGUUUAUAACACUGUCAAAAAUAUUUAGAUAUCUGACAAGGCUGAUGGGCCGGUGAGGCUUCAUGAAACCUCAUUUUCAGUCCCCACUAGAUGGCACUCUGCUGUGAAAUCUCUGGACUCCACAAGAGGACAGCGCCACCUACUGAGUCUGAAAGUGAGGACACUGUUUCGUGAAGCUUCAACAGCCCAUCACUAUCCGGAGGUCAUGUCGUGAAGAAGUGAAGAUGACUAUCUCUCGCUACUUCUUUUGAAUCAGACUAUUAAAAAACAUGAACAUAGUACCAAAGUUUCCUUACAAAACAAGUUAAAAACAUCUAUAUUGUGAACUUCAGCAGGAUAUAGGUUUCAAUAUUCUACAAUAAUCAUUUAGUAGUUGGACUAUCUUUUACAAUUUUAUACAACAGACAACUGGCCAUCUGAAAUCUGAUCAGGGUCGCAAAUGGUCCCCAAGCCCAACUUUUGACACCCCUGACCAACAAAGCUGAAUAUUAGUCAGAUAAGAGUAGAAUUAUGGAUUAAAAAGCAGAGCAAAGUAUUAUUUUUUUAAGAAUCGAUUUGAUGCAACACCCUUGCUUUCAACUGACAAAACAAGUGUCAAGUUUCAUGUCCUCCAAACUAUUUUUUUUAUGUGUGUGUUCUUGCAUGAUGGAAAGCACAGGCAGGCUGAAGAGACUCUCCACUCCGAGUCAUGUAGUGUACGAUGGACAUCAGCUGCCCACGCAUGGAUCCAAAUCACUCGGUGUCAGAAACUGGCUGGUAAAGGCUCAUGGAUCUGUCAAAUACUCUAUUAACUCCAAGUUACAUAUGAUCCAGUCAUCUGCUGCUCGUGUAUGUUUGUAACAUUAUUUUGCACAGUCAUGUUUACCUACUGCUCAACUGUCAUCGCAAUGUACACAUGUAUACUCUGCUUUGUGAGGUUCAGAAACAAAGUUUUGUUAUACUCAUGAGUAUAGUUGCUUCCUCGAGGGUGGUUCAUAUGCCACACUCUGCACAACGGAUUGUGACAAUAAGAAUAUGUGACAAAUGGGAAAGAAUAAAUAAUAGCAUUGUAUGUUAAU